GCCGAUGAGGAAAGAGUCCAGCGUCGUGAGAAGAUAUUUACUGGAGAGCGGGUGUUACUUACCAUGGCGGCGGAAUGGCGGACCGAGGCCGAGAAUAGCCAGUUGGAGGAUAGCGCAAACAAGAUAACGCUCCUCCUCUCGCAUCUCACGGAUCUCCUGGCAACCUCCAUUACACAGCAGGCGGAGAUCCUUGGUCUCGACACCUCGCUCGCUCACGUCCACGACCGCCUUCAGCGGUUGGAGCAGCGACCAGUCGCCGCAGCCGCCGCAAGCUCUUCCAACACUGCCGACCGCCUCAAUGCAUUGGAGAUGGACGUCGGCUCACUCAAGGAUGGCGUGCAAUUACAGCAGACCGCGACGCAACAGUUGCAACAACGGAUCUUCACUACCUCCACCACCUCGAGUUCAGAACCGUGCGAGACAACUCCAAAGUUCGACGGGCAGAAGGUCUUCUGCGACUCAAUGAAGACAGAUCCGAUUCCAUGGUUUCACAAGUUCGAGCUCACGCUGCAGCUCCACAACGUCAAGGAACUCAAGCACCACGCAUACUUGUACUCUCGCUCAGGGGGCGCGUGUCAGGCUUGGUUGGACAACCUGUUGUCCAAGUACGGAGUGUUCGCCGACAUCUUCGAGUCACCUACCGGUGUGGUGCUCGAUCGGCCGAUCUCUCACGAGAUCAUUCUUGAGGCCGGUGCCGUGCCGCCGAAGGGUUGCAUCUAUCGGAUGAGCGAGGAGGAACUUGAGGUCCUCCGCGCACAACUCGAUGAUUUGCUGGCCAMGGGCUGGAUCCGCCCUAGCAGCUCCCCAUAUGGAGCACCAGUUCUCUUCGUCAGGAAGAAGAACAAGGAUCUACCAUUGUGUAUCGACUACCGCAAGCUCAACGCGCAAACCGUCAAGAAUGCGGGGCCUCUUCCUCGCAUCGACGAUCUUCUUGAGCGACUGGGCGGCGCGAAGUAUUUUUCCAAGUUGGAUUUGAAAUCGGGAUAUCAUCAAAUCUCGAUCCAGCCGAACGAUCACUACAAGACCGCAUUCAAGACGCGGUACGGGCAUUUUGAGUGGGUGGUCAUGCCUUUUGGCCUCACCAACGCCCCGGCGACCUUUCAGGCGGCCAUGACCAAUGAGUUUCGUGCAAUGUUGGACCGGUUUGUGCUGGUCUACUUAGACGAUAUUCUCGUCUAUAGCCGGUCAUUGGAGGAUCAUCUGGGGCAUCUUCGACGAGUGUUGGAGAYGCUCCGCCGCGCCAAGUACAAGGCCAACCGCGACAAGUGUGAAUUUGUCCGGCAAGAGCUGGAAUACUUGGGCCAUUUUGUCACACCAGAGGGCAUCAGUCCGCUAUCGGACAAGAUUCAGGCCUUCCAGGAGUGGCCAGAGCCUCGGAACGUCACGGAUGUCCGCUCGUUCCUCGGUCUUACCGGCUACUAUCAGCGCUUCAUCAAAGGCUACUCCAAGAUCGCGGCCCACUUGAACAAGCUUCAGUGCGAGGAUCGGCCGUUUGACUUCGGAGAGGAGGCGCGAGGAUCAUUCUUCGCUCUCAAAGCCGCGCUAUUGUCUGCGGAGGUCUUGCGGAUAUACGACCCGCUCGCGCCUACGCGCGUCACUACGGAUGCGUCAGGUUAUGGCAUUGGUGCAGUCCUCGAGCAACAUGAUGGCGUGGACUGGCACCCGGUCGAGUAUUUCAGCAAGAAAGUGCCUAUCGUGCAUUCCAUUGACGAUGCACGCAAGAAGGAGCUCCUCGCCUUCGUCCACGAGCUCAAGCGCUGGCGGCACUUCCUCCUUGGUCGAAGCCAAUUUCGAUGGGUAACGGACAACAAUCCGUUGGUCUUCUAUAAGACCCAAGACACCGUCAACAACACCAUCUCUCGAUGGAUGGCUUUCAUCGACCAGUUCGACUUCUUUCCCGAUCACAUUCCCGGGAAGUCGAACCGUUUUGCGGAUGCUCUUUCACGGCGUCCGGAUCAUUGUACCGCAGUCUACUCAACCUUCGAGAUCGACAAUGACCUACGGAACAGCUUCAUCCGCGGCUACCAAGCCGACCCCGAGUUUGGCGACAAGUACGCGAAUUGCUCCUUUCCUAAUCCGGCGCCUUCUCACUACCGGAUCCAAGAGGAGUACUUGCUUGUCCACACGCGGGGGAAGGACCUCCUUUGCGUACCGAGUGAUCCUCACUUGCGUACACGGCUUCUUGGCGAGUUCCACGACGCUCCCGCCACCGGACAUUUUGGAGUCAAUCGCACGAUUGGCCGACUCCGCGAGCGAUUUUGGUGGCCCGUCCUUCUCGGCAACGUCACACGCUAUUGCGAGUCAUGCGAGGUUUGCCGACGCUGCAAAUCCCGCAAUCAUCGUCCGUACGGCGAGUUACGACCACUACCAAUCCCGUUGAGGCGAAGGGAAGCGAUUGCCAUUACCGGCCCCUUCCGCAAGCACAAGACCGGAGUGGAUGGGAUUCUCACGGUGGUCGACCGACUCACCAAGUUCGCCAUGUUCUUGCCUUGUCGCUAUCAUGCCAAGGCACCGGAGUUGGCCGAGCUCUACCCCAACGUGGGUCUUCCAGAUGCAGCACCCACCAAGAUGAUGAAGAUGGCAUCCAUCAUUGCCAGGCUGUCAUGGCAAGCGACUUUUCAAUUGGACAGUUUUGUUUCUUAGAGCGAUUGCUGAUUGUUCAUGGGCAUUGGUGCUACAAGCGAAUUGCUCUAA